AUGGGGAACUCGCAGGGCAAAAAGAGUAGAGCUGGACUUUCCAGUCAAGUUGACUCGAGAAUUCCGUCUACCACGGGCAAAUCCCUCUCCAAGCCAGCACCGCAGUUAUCGUCGGAACCACCACAAUCUCAUCAUGGCUUAGAGAAGCUCUCUGCUGCCAAGAAAUAUGUUCUGAUUCCGGACAACUUCACCUCUCUUCAACAGGUUACAAGUGCCUUGAGAAACGAAGGUUUAGAAUCCUCAAAUCUCAUCCUUGGAAUCGAUUUUACUAAAAGCAAUGAGUGGACUGGCAGAAUCUCUUUUAAUAAUAGAAGUCUACAUGCUAUUGGAGAUACACCUAAUCCUUAUGAGAAAGCAAUUUCUAUUAUUGGAAAGACGUUGGCUCCGUUUGAUGACGACAACUUGAUUCCUUGUUUUGGAUUUGGCGAUGCUACGACUCACGAUCAAGAAGUGUUUAGCUUUCAUGCUGAUAAUUCAGCUUGCUAUGGAUUUGAGGAAGUCUUGGCUUGCUAUCAAAAAAUUGUUCCAAACCUGAGUCUUUCAGGACCAACAUCAUAUGCUCCAGUGAUUGAGGCUGCAAUAGACAUGGUUGAGAAAACUCAUGGCCAAUUCCACGUCUUAGUUAUUGUUGCAGAUGGCCAGGUUACGAGAUAUGAAAACAAUCAUGAUGGAAAAUUAAGUCCUCAAGAAGAGAGAACAAUAAAAGCAAUCGUUGAUGCAAGUUCAUAUCCUCUCUCUAUUGUUCUGAUUGGAGUUGGCGACGGACCUUGGGGAGAUAUGAAAAAGUUUGAUGACAAGUUACCUGCACGUGAUUUCGACAAUUUUCAGUUUGUUAACUUCAAUGACAUCAUGUCUAAGAAAAUAAGCUCGUCUGCGAAAGAAGCUGCUUUUGCUCUGGCUGCUCUUAUGGAGAUACCUUUCCAAUAUAAAGCAACCCUUGAGCUUGGAUUACUUGGCCGUACUACAGGAAGGGCAAAGAAAAUGGUUCCAAGACCUCCUCCAGCACCUUAUUCUCGACCUAUGCCACCGGAUUAUUUUCUGAGGAACAUGCCAGAAUCAUCUAUGGAUGAUGAGCGAAACCAAAUGAUAUGUGCUAUAUGUUUGACCAAUAGAAAGGAUUUGGCUUUUGGAUGUGGCCACAUGACUUGCAGAGAUUGUGGGUCAAGAUUAAGCAACUGUCCAAUAUGCCGACAGAGGAUCACCAAUCGCUUAAGGGUGUUUUCUGGAUAA